CGUUUGUCGAGAACUUCCAUGUAAUCUGUUCCGAACGACUAUCUUCCUUCUAUCUAUACAUUGGGUCUGGCUAGGGGAGACUAGUAGUUCCAGCCUGAGCGCUCUCGUACCAAACUCAUAAUGUCAUGACUCACGUGUCAUUUGGACCAGAUCCUCGUGGACCGCACACCAUCCUCACAGCACACUGCGGAACGCACAUCUGCAUUGUACCACAAGGACGCUCGAGAAAACAGUCGUAUAGGCGUUGUACCAUCUCGGCACCGUCCUUGAAGACAUUGUAUAACUUGUCUGAGUUCGAGUGCGAGGAUCUCUCGCGCGUCCAAACGUCCCGUCUGGCGGAACAUCUCUUAACCCACGUCCACUCAGUGAUUUGUCAUGAACGAGACAUGAAGUUUGUUGGGCGUGAUAAUGUGAGGAAGCACUUCCGGGGCUCUGUUGGCUGGACGCCGUAUGAUUUUGAUCCCUCCCGCCAUGUCAAGUACGCCAUACUGUCUCACCGAUGGCUGGAUGGAGGAGAACCAACCUACGAAGAGAUGAGAGCCGGUACAGCAUCAGGUCUGGGAUACGAGAAGUUGAUGAAAUUCUGCGAAAAGGCCAGGGAGUACGGCGUGGAAUUCGGGUGGUCAGAUACGUGCUGCAUCGACAAGAGCAGCAGUACUGAGCUCGACGAAUCGAUUCGCUCCAUGUUUCGAUGGUACCGAAAUGCGACCAUUUGCAUCGUCCAUCUGGCAAACAGCGAGGCUAUCGAGGAUGUAUUGUUUGAUGAAUGGACGAGAAGGGGCUGGACCUUGCAAGAACUCCUCGCACCGUACCAUAUCAAAUUCUUCAACAAGCACUGGAUUCCCCUGACGGGUGAUAUAAAUGACAAGGUUAGCAAAGGGGUAGAAUUAAUGGAGACUCUGGAAAGAGCCACUGGCAUUCCUCGCCACGAGCUUUGCUGGUUCAAUGCAGGUUCGAUGAGGGUGGAUGAGCGGAUGGUCUGGGCAGCAAGACGCAAAACAACAAGGGUCGAAGACGUCGCCUAUUCCCUGAUGGGAAUGUUCGAUGUGAGCCUGCAGAUUGAGUAUGGAGAAGGAGGCGAGCGCGCAUUUCGCAGACUCAUGGAAGCCAUCAUGCAGGCUGGCGACCCUUCUGUCCUCAACUGGAGCUUUGUCGGUUCUCCCAAAUUGGGGUUGGCUGAAACGCGACUGGAGAUGAAUAUGACCACCCUCGGUUUGCGAGUACCUCUGGUAAUACUCCCUCUCAAUUUGCGCUCGUAUCUGGACGAUUGUGGGAUCAACAUCGCACUUGACUGCCCGUUGUGUCCAACCAUCCAAGUUAUUAUCACCACCUCGGGCUACGUUCCUAGCCAGAUGGAGUUCGCCCUCGGUAUUGUCCAAUUAUUCAAUUUUCAGUGGUAGAUCAAGCAAGGUCUUAGGGAUCCGGGGCAAGUCGACUGGCCUCAUACUACUCCGAGAAUCCAAAGGAUCCUCCAGCUCACGUCUGCCGCCAAUCUGUAAACCAAGGUGUACCGACUUUAUUGGAUUUAAAUACGCCUCUCCCCAAGAAGAGAUAUCUGUU